AUGCUUCGCUCUGUUGCUCGCUCAUCAUCACGUCUGACCACGGCUACUCGGCCUGCCGCACGUGCUUUCUCGGUCUCGCAUCUGCGUAGGAAUGAGCCCACGUCAUUACACACAUUCACAGAGGAGGAGGAUAUGCUUCGCGAGUCAGUGCGGCGAUUCGCAGUUGACGUUGUCGGGCCGAAAGUGCGCGAGAUGGACGAGCAGGAGCGGAUGGACCCGGAAAUUAUCAAGGCAUGCUUUGAGCAGGGUCUCAUGGGCAUUGAGACGAGUGCCGACCUUGGCGGUUCUGAGAGUUCAUUCACUUCAGCCAUCAUUGCGAUUGAAGAACUUGCGCGGGUAGACCCCUCGGUCUCUGUCAUGGUCGAUGUACACAACACGCUUGUGAACACUGUACUCCGAACGUAUGCGACGAAGGAGCAGCAAGAGCAGUGGUUACCCCUGCUCUCAGAGUCAAAGCUCGGCUCCUUCUGCUUGUCUGAGCCCGCAUCCGGAUCAGACGCUUUUGCCCUCCAGACGCGUGCGGUGAAGGACGGUGACGACUACAUCAUCAACGGUUCGAAGAUGUGGAUUACGAACUCAUACGAGGCAGACGUAUUCCUCAUCUUUGCCAAUGUCGACCCGAGCAAAGGAUACAAGGGGAUCACAUGUUUCAUCGCAACGAAGGAUAUGGGCAUUCAGAUCGCGAAGAAAGAGGAGAAGCUCGGCAUCCGCGCCUCCUCUACGUGCACCUUGAACUUCGACGACCUGCGCGUACCGGCAGCGAACAUUAUCGGUGGCCUUGGACUCGGUUACAAGAUUGCAAUCGCGAUUCUCAACGAAGGACGCAUCGGUAUCGCCGCUCAGAUGCUCGGUCUUGCACGCGGCGCAUUCGACAAGGCCGUCCCAUACACAUACGAGCGCAAGCAGUUUGGUCAGGCCGUCGGCACAUUCCAGGGCUUGUCUUUCCAGAUGGCGAAUGCAGCGAUCGAGAUCGAGGCGGCAAGACUGUUGACGUACAACGCUGCGCGGAGGAAGGAGGAGGGCAGGGAGUUCGUGAAGGAGGCUGCGAUGGCGAAGUACUACGCCAGUCAGGUUGCGCAACGCGUUUCUGGCGGUGCUAUUGAGUGGGCUGGUGGUGUCGGCUUCACACGCGAAACGGGUAUCGAGAAGUUCUGGCGCGACUCCAAGAUUGGCGCAAUCUACGAAGGCACGUCUAACAUUCAGCUGCAGACGAUUGCCAAGUUCCUUCAGAAAGAGUACUCUUAG